UGGCUCGAGCGGUUCACCCGUUUCUGCCCGAGUACGGCCGCAGCCGUGUACGCGCGCCUGCAGGCGCGCUGAGCAUGUUGACCUGCUGACAUCCAGGCCCGAUGACGAUGAUCCAGCGACCUCCCCGCGCGCCUGAGUCCCCGCGGCACAGCAAGAGGAUCUCCGUGCGCAAGAAGCACGCCCUGCAGCUCUUCAAGACAGACCUGUGCAAGCUGUUCCAGCAGGGCAUGUGCAAGCACGGCGAGUUGUGCGCCUUCGCCCACAACACCGACGAGGUGCGCCACAAGCCAGACCUGACUCGGACCAGCAUGUGCAGAGUCGUGCUGCAAGGCGGCGUUUGCCGCAGUCCCCAGUGCAGUUUCGCGCACGACAAGGAGCAGCUGCGCACCACCUGCGGCUUCUUCAAGACCAGGAUGUGCAAUUAUGCCCGCAGCGGGAAGUGCCGCUCGGGCGACGCCUGCCGCUUCGCCCACGUGCCCGAGGAGCCUCGCGCGCGCGUGCGCGCGGAG